UUAGGAACGUCAUGCUUGAUAAUGUCAUCCCAAAUUGACAUAAAUUGCGAGUACAUCCAUACAACACCAGUUUUUAACUUUCAUUAACUAUUAACUAGUCAAAAGGUCGGAACAUGGCCAAAAGAUUUACCAAACCUUCAAUUAAUUGGGUAGAAUUAGAAAAAUUAGUGCCACCUGAACAGAAAGGGAACUACUUGGCUUUUAAGGCAAAAUCUGAUGCCUAUUUUAGGAGAGUGCAAGCAAAUCCACCCGAGCCACCUAAAAUCGACUGGGCGGAAUACCAGAAAUUUUGCCCGCUGCCAGGCCUCGUGGACCAGAUGAAGUCGUCCUACGAGGCUUACAAAGUGCCCGUCCCGGCAGACAGCCUUACGGCUGCCAUUGACAAGCAGUGGGAGGGCUUACAGCCGGAGAUAAAAGCGUACGUCGCUGAACGACAGAAGGAAAUCGACUUGGCCACAAAGGGUAUAAAUUACAUCAACUCUCUACCAAAGUUCGACGUGAUGACCUUGGAGAUGGUCUACGACAUGUACCCCGGGAUCGCGCUGGACCCGGUGAACCGGCCGACCUUCUGGCCGCAUACGCCGGAAGAACAGCCGGGCUAUAGGACAGCAGAGCAGCGGGACUUCAAGCAUUGGGAUGUAUUUACUCCAAAAAAGUAGAUUUUGCUAGUCGGUGUGUAUUGUGUUUUCAUGUUUAAUUGAAACGAGUACGAGAGAUAACUCAAGUUAUUUUGUUUUUAAUAUAAGCUAAAAAAAAUUUUUAAAUGCGUUCAGAAAAUUAGAUUAGGUACUCUCCUUGUAUCAUGGUUUUUAAAAUGUUUAGUGUUGUAGCCUUUAAAAUGAAUAUUCUUUUUGAAUAAAUUAAACGUCACUGAUAGUCUAAAUUGAA